GUGCAGGUUAGGCCAUUGAAGGUGUCUCAAUAGUUCACCUUGUGGAGUCUAUUGUUUAAGUUAGGCUUUUAUCCUUCGUGUGCCGAGGUACUACUAGACGCGUGCCACCAGAGCUGAUCGACCACAUUCGCGUGACAUAGUCGCAGGGACAACAUCAAACUUUUAAAGGCUGUUGACUUGUUCUUCCAUAUUCUACAAACCAAACAACCUGUUGCUAGAAUUCUUCGCUCUACCUGUUGCUCGGUUCGCAGCUCUCGGCAUCCCUCGACACUUUUUUUCUGAUUAUCAACAAGUGUUUGCCACAAAUCGCCGAAAUCUAAUCUCUUACAGAAACUCAGUCGAUCUGCCUCUUCAAGAAUCUUGAAGAAUAUUCUGUUCCUAAGCAUCAUCUACGAUUUUGUAUUAUUUCAGGGAUGCUCAAUUCCUAUUCAUCUUGGCAAUAGAAACAUCAUUUCUGCAUCUCAUUAAAAAAAGGACACAAAAUGGAGAACAUUGUUCCAAUUUCCAUCCAUACAACUCAGCUUCUUCAAGCCGUCAGUGUGAACAACCAAACGACGGUGCGGACGACGUCGAUGGACGAUCUCCCCAAGCGUGUGCGACGACUUCGAGUAAACGAUUCACAAACACCCGAGCUUACUCGCUGUAAGAGGAGAAUCCACUUUAACCAUCUCGGCUACGAACUGAACCAACCAGCCCCUGCUGCCGUCGCCCGCCGUAACGAACGGGAACGAAAUCGCGUCAAACUUGUCAACCUCGGGUUUGCUAGCUUGCGCCAGCAGCUGCCAAACGGCGCCAACAACAAGAAAAUGAGCAAAGUGGAAACACUGAGAUCAGCGGUUUCGUACAUCAGGCAACUCCAACAGAUGCUCGACGAGGAAGCAGCCGUCAACGCAGUCUUCAACGGUCAGAGUUUGCCGCCGACCACAGCCAGCCUAAGCUCGGCUUCGUCACCCGCUAGUUCACCCGGUGGGUCGAGCCCCUGUGAGCCCCUUUCCCCCGAAGACGAAGACCUGCUCAACUUCCACGAAUGGUUCUAGAGUUAAGCCUACCCAGCUACCACCCAACCCAGCUUUUGUUUAAACUAAAGGUAUGGGCGUGGCUUGUUGAUGUCUCGACCAAUCGGAAUCAGGCGCGUGGCUACCUGGAUGCAUUAACCUUGAAGUUGACCAAUAGGGGCUUCUUUUGACCCUUGGCGGGAGCCAUCCAUCGUUCAACUGGAACGCGUCAUGGGCGGGGCUUGCCAAUGCGGCAGAAUCCCGUCCGUUCGAAACAAAGCAAGGCAAGAAUUUCGCUGCUCCCCUGGAUUCUCUAAUGCCAUCUAGACUUCCGAAGCAACGUUCCACAAGCGUGAGCAAGCAAAUGCUCUUAAGCCCGAUCUGAGGACACACUUUAUUUCAAUCAAAGUAUAAUUCACUCUUUCUAAGCAACAAUUGUUUGUAAAAUUAUGUUAUAUAACAAAAUAAUAGUUUGCAUUAUAACUGUCUGAUGUUGAUGAAUCUUUAUAUCAAGAAAUAAUUAUGUAGAUCUAUCAUUUCAUUUCACUCUUCAUACAACAGUAUACCUGUAUAUGAAUAACAGUUAGGAAAGUUGUAUUCCUCGUUUGAACGUGGAAUAUACCAAAGAACAGUUUCUUUGAAUCCAAUACUAAUUGAAGUUUAUUUUCAACACUUAAACGUGACUGCAAAUCCUGAAGAACUGUAUGCAAACUAUGCAAUGGAAACAUUUCAGUUAAAAUUGCCUGCUUCAUUUUCUGCCAUUUGCUGCCAUUCGAAAAAAAAAGAAAGAAAGAUACUUCAAAUUGAUUCACGCUAAAUUUCACAAUCUGCCUUCGGAUCAUAUGCUCUUCCCUUUAUCCCAGUGAUCCUUAUCUCUUACAAAAGCAAAUUAUUGUCAAGAUUUAUUAUUGAAACACAUAAUAUAUAUAUUGUCUAAAAUUCUAUCGACAUCUAGUGUAAUUAUAACUUAUUUAGUCUAUGGAGGAUUAAUGAAACAUGUAUGUACUAUAUCGUUAUAUAGCAAGAUUAUUAUCAGAGGGGAGUCGUCUUCUAUACUUCCAAGAUAUUUUUUCUCAACGUGUAUAUAGUGUAUUUUUUAAACUUAAAUACUGAUAUACAAAAUAGAUAUUGCUUUCAUUCUGAAAUGUUUAUACUAUAGGGAUUUUCUAGCUGCAUCGGUUUUCUGGACCAGAGCAGUGUUUUUCCCCAUUCUUCCACAGUAAUGUUGAAGAGAAAACACCAGUGUUGCUUAUUAAAAAUAUCGCUUUAUUUCUAUUUUAUUACCGGUCUUUUUUUCUAAAAAGACGUGUCUUUAAUACAAGCUUCGUAACAUUCCAUUUUAUAAGAAACUGUGUGCUAUAGCAUAGUGUUCAUUCGACGCUAAACUUUAGACACUAAAAAUCUGUCGCAUACCAUAAUUGCUGUACCUCGCAUGUUUCUUCGUAGCAUAGUUCCUCGUAGAUAGUAGAAACGGUCUGAAAUGUAUUCAAACGAGAGAUUCCUUCCUAUUUUUGUAUUUUUAAAAACAUAUUAUAGUCAAUGCCAUGGUAUGACAAGGGGAUAAUCACGAAAUGUCCACUGAGCUCCGCAAAAGAGAAGAGGUGCGGGCAUUGUAAAAUGGAAAUGUACAUCAAGAGGCUUGAUUGACAUGUACAUGUGGAUAUUUAUUUGAAUUAAUCAGAAUUUUUAUGUUACUUUGUAACUAAAGUUAUCAAACUGUUCUGGUAAUAUGUCAUGUUGAAAUUCACAAUGGAAUUCACAAUUCCAAAUUCAUUUGAUAUGAAAAUUGAAAUAGACUGUGUUUUAAACGAUUCCCUCAAAAUUUUCUUCAGUAGGUUAGAAUGUGUGUGAAAUCUGAAUUCUUCCUUUCUCAUUAAUUAUUCACAACUACUAUUCUGGAUUGAAGAAUAUGCAACAUACUGCCUUCAAAUCAAUUUCGUAAUAAGUUAAGUGCCUUGGGAGAAAAAACAACAACAAAGUGAUUUUUACAGUGAUUACACCAUUUGUAAUCUGCAACGGGAUUCCAUGCUUGGCUAAUUUGUAACGUAUAUUUUUGUAUGAAUUUUCUACGCAUAGCGAUCUUUUUUACAAGCUUUUUAUUGCAAAAUAUUCUGUGUUCAUGUCGAUCUAUAAUGUAUGUCUGUAAAUUUGUUUGUACAAAAGAAAAUAUAGAACUAUUUUUGCCGUUGAAGACGGAGAAUGCCAAUUAAAUAUGCAGAUAAAAC